AUGCACAUCUCAAUGCUUUUGUCGCUGAUCUUUACGAUCGCCACCUUUCUGCCUUGCGUAAACGGUCAACAAAAGACUGUAUUCGCUGGCAACUACGUGUAUCGAGGCGUGGUCAAUGAAACUGCAAAAAUCAUCUCAUUCUACGGAAUUCCUUACGCGCACCCACCCAUUGGAGACUUGAGAUGGAGACCACCAGUGGUCAAGGACACAGGUUCGGAGCUGACGGAAGAGUUUUUAUUUUAUGAUGCCAGCAAUCGAGGUCCACAAUGUAUUCAGAGUUUUCCGCCCUGGUCAACAGAAUCUGCCUUCGAUUCGCUCACAACCGAGGCAGAGGACUGUCUGCGGCUCGACAUCUUGGCACCCAAAAACCCAGCGUCUGAAAAGCUCCCCGUCAUGGUUCAGAUUCACGGAGGAGGAUACGUUAGCGGCAACACGUCCUCGUCUCCUGGUGCGAGCCUUGUUUACCAAGCAAACGGAAAACUCAUCUAUGUCGCCAUCCAGUACCGCCUUGGGCCCCUUGGCUUUCUUGCUGGCGAUGAGGUUGCCGCGAGCGGGUCUUGGAAUGUCGGGCUUCUCGACCAGAGAGCUGCCUUGGACUGGGUUCGUAAAAAUAUUGAGUUCUUUGGUGGCGAUCCUGAGAAGAUCACCGUCAUCGGGGAAAGUGCCGGUGGAGCUUCAGCCGGAUUUCAGAUGAUGCUGAAAAAGAGAUCAGACUUGCCUUGGCCCGACAUGAAGAAUACUAUUGCUGGGUCGAGCUUGACUUGGAUGGAAACUGGAGGGUUUAACGGGUUUGACUUUAGAGAUCCGACAGGCUUCCCAUUUCGUGCUGCAAUAAUGGAAUCCCCAUGGUGGUCCCCCAUGAUGAACAAGGAUCAAUUGAACAAGCAAUAUCAGCUGUUCCUUAGAGAAGCCGACUGCUCAACAUUGGACUGCUUGCGAAAAGCACCCAUAUCAGCCAUCAAGCUUGCUACAGAAAGUUCGUACAAUAUCAGCUAUAACGACGGGGACUUCGCCUAUGGGACUUAUUACUGGGGUCCGGCUAUGGACGGAAAGGUUAUCCCAGAACAUCCGAUGCAGGCGUUCAAAGAAAACCAUGUGCUAAACAUACCUAUCAUGAUUAAUCAUGCUCGCGAUGAGGGGUUUGAGGCCUCAAAUGUCUCCAUGACCACAGAGGCCGAGGUGGCAACGGACCUCGAGAUAUUGUGGCGUAACAAGUCCUUUGUUACUGACGCCUUGAAAAACUAUCCAACUACCAUGUUUAACAAGAGUGUUGUCGAAGCUUUGGACUUUGUUUCAGCUCUUCGAAAGGCUACUGGUAGCAACAUUAGUUUCAGCGACGAGUUCGCUCGUCUAGAAUCGCUCCUCGGCGAAGCGUUUGUAAACUGUCCUACCAGGUUCAUCGCGUCGGCGGUCUCUCGAAGGGGCUUGGAUACAUUCAAAAUGAUCUUCGAUGCAGGCAGUCAAAUUCAUGGCGCAACGCAUCCAUUUUUGUUCUCGGAUACUGUUAAUGCUUCUGGCGAGAUUACGCACGGCCCCAUCACCUUGCCCGGAAACGAGAAGUUGGCUGCCCUAUUGAGAACUUACUUCAUCACAUUCACUAUAUAUGCAGAUCCAAACGAGGGUCCUGCAGAUGAUGAGCGGAGAGUUAGACCAAUAUGGCGAAGAUAUCUUGAAACAAAAACUGACAACAAGAAGAUAUUGGUUCUCCGAAAUAGUACUGACCCCGCAAGCACCACAAGGAUUGACGAUCCGGAUGACAACAACCGUUGCGCAUUCUUUGAGUCCUCUUCAGCAUACUUGGAAGCUAUAUAA